CGGUUGCCUACCAAAAGUCCUAUGAGAAAAGCACUUCCUGUGGAGGAUGGAUACCGUGGAUGGUGUGUCCCCGGACGUACUAUAAAACGCAGUAUCGUACUGUUGAAGUCCCUGAAACCAUCACUCUAACAGAUUGCUGUGAAGGAUACGAACAAGUUGGACUCUACUGUUCUUUAGCACUCAAUAGAUCCAGUGUAUUUUCCUCAAGACCUGGUAUUUGUCCAACGGAGAAUAUGGAAACAUCUGAUUAUCCUUGCACGUUCGACACCGAAUGUCCAGGGCUUAAAAAAUGCUGCAACUCAUCCAAAGGAGCAGGCUGUGUGGAUCCAAUGCCAGAGGGAAGAACAUUCUGGUACAACGUGACAGUGCUUGUGAAAAUGGAUUUUAAUGAAUUAAUCAGAGUGGAUUCCUACCUUCUGAAUCAUUCACGCCUUUUGCACUCCAUGAUUACUGGUGCAUUACAGCCCUUGAACGCCUCUGUGUACCAUAUCCAGAGUCACCGUGCAGAAAUAUAUGCUGGGACAGUGGCCUCCCAUGUUCUUAUUGGACUGCAUCAGCCAUCUCCACUAGCAGAAGUGUCUAAUUCCUUGAAGGACAUAGUGAGGCGUGUGUAUGAAGUGAUUGACACACAAGUGCAAGAUGUCAAUGAAUGUUCCCAUCUUGUAUUCAACACUUGUCCUGAGAAAAACACCUGUGUAAACCUGGAGGGUUAUUACAGCUGUGACCCUCAGCAUGAACGUGCAGAUGUCAACCCUCACCAGCUGAGCCCAAGAAAGGAAGGCACAGCAGCAUCUACUCCAAGUUCAGCAUUGGAUCUCAUUAACACUAGCGAUAGCUCUCUGUCUAUAAGUAAUUCAAGCCUCUUGUCCAUGACUAACCAAUCUACAGAUGCUGAGUGCUAUCCCUCUGCAGUUAGAAACCACCAAACCUUCAGCGUUACCAGCAACAGUUUUGAAAUGUCCUGGCACAUCACUUCUGCCCUGAACCAUACUUUCCAAGUCCAAGUGUUCAAGGGCAAAGAGAUUAUAAAAAACCUAACAACAGACGAAAUGAAACUGGAUGUGUCUGGACUGGAAGCAGGUGUGAUGUAUUCAGUAGAGAUCAGCUAUGAAACCUGUGGAAAAACCAGCAUCUUCCAUCAAAAUGUUAAAACAGAUGCCAAGAUAUUUGGUAUUACUAUGAGGAUUCUCAACUAUAACUUCACUGACGAUUUCCAUAACACCAGCAGCUCAGCAUAUGAAGAAUUUUCAAGACUGCUGCUUACAGAGCUUGAAAAUUCAUUUCCACCCAACAUUUCUGCUUUAUACAAAUCUGGGAAGCUGAAAGUGCAGACUGAAUCCUUGCAAGCUGGAAGCAUCAUAGUGAGGCUCAGAAUCACUGUGGAGGACCCUGAGUUUCCAGUCGAUGCCUCCACAUUUGCCCCAGUGCUUUCUUACCUGCACAAUGGCUCUGCGCUUUUGGUGGAUCAGCAAAACGCUGCAGUAGAAGACUGGGAUGAAUGUGCUUCUCACACCGAGAAUGACUGCUGUGUGUUCGCAGAGUGUAUCAAUUUGAUGGGCUCGUACUUGUGCAGAUGCAAGACAACCAUGGAUACCAAUCCAUCCCGACCUGGAAGAAACUGUGAGGGUGAGAUUGUGGACCCUCUCACUGAAACGAUGGCUCCUGAAGUAACCAACAGCACAGAGUUAGCUCCUGAAGAAGUGAGCUCUGCAGGCCCUGCUUCCCCUGCCACCACCGAGAUGGUGGCUGCUGUGGGCUCCAAGACAAGCACCGCCGUACAGCAACCUGUUGCCCUGCCCCUGGGUGACAAGCAAGCACCCCACAGUUCUUCUCCCACCAGCACUCCUCCAGCCCCUUGGAAAAAAAGCCUGGCACCACAGAUGGGCUCCAGCAGGGACAACAGCCCCACGACCAUGGGGGUGGCAGCCAGCAAGGAACUGACCACGAACGCCGGGCAGCAGGUGGCCGUAAGUCCAUGGCAGCAAAGCUCUGUGGCAGAGGCUUCCCCCAGCGCAUCGCAGCGAGGGGCUGCUCCCACAGAUGCACCCACGGGCACCACCAGGGAAGAGCCACUCAGUCCACCAUUGCUGGUGUUUCCAAAUCAAACAGCCUCUGCUACCACCAGAAGUCACACAGCUUUUGGUGUGCCUCAAGCCGACUCUCAAGGUGGUCCUGGUACAGCUCUGCUGGUCACAGGGCAUGCUGGCCUUCCCACCUUCAACGCCACUCUCAGAGCACAUGUAGAGAUGGGAAGAGAGAACAGCUCUUGGUCUGAGAAACAUGCUGGAGCCCUGGGGUCACCAGCUUUGCCAGGCACCUCUCCACCUCCCAGCCCAAUGCCAGGGUCAGCCGUGGACCACACUGUCCGGAAGCUUAGUGGCACGGUACGGAUAACAAACGUGGAAUACUCUCCAGGCUUUAGCAAUACAAGCAGUGAGGAGUACCAAACCUUUGCACAGCUCUUUGUUGAUGAAGUACAUAAAUCUCUGCCCCUUGAGGUUCUUCAGCAGAUAGAUGCUGGUCUGAUUAAAGUGUUGGUAACGGGUAUUACUAAUGGGAGCACGGUGGUAAGUUUCAAUUUACUGAUUGCAGAAGAUGUGGAUAUCUACUACAUCAUCACCACUUUUCGUGAUGCCUUUGAACACAGCUCCUAUUUCACGGUUGACAAGAGCAGUCUCUCCAUAAAUGAUUACGAUGAGUGCAAAAGCGAAGAAGACGACUGCUCCCCAGAUGCAUCAUGCCAUAACACACUUGGGUUUUACCAGUGCAGCUGCAAUGAAGGAUUUGCUGAUGUGCAUCCAGAAAGGCCUGGAAGAAGCUGUGAAGCAUUUCCUAUGAGCCAAGAGGCAACACCGAUGGAUAAGAAACCUGUACACAACACAGUUUUACCUGUGACAUCUUUGCAAACCUCAACUCAUGUUUCCUCCCCUGCUUCGUUGGACUUCUCUACUGUGGAGCACAAAGCAUUGGAGAACAGCACAUUGUCCAGCGUGGGGCUCUCUCCUCUUCCCACGGAUCCUGUGUCAACUCCCGAUGUUUCUCCUCAAGCAUCUCCUGUCCCACUCGUUAAACCUGCCCAGGAGGUUUCCAUUAAAGAUGCGGUGAGAGUGUUCUGUGAAAUUGAGAAGAUCGUCCUUGCUGUCCAGAAGAGCUUUUUACAGCAGGAGUCUAUCCCCGAAACCUCCCUGUACCUGGGGGAGCCUCGCUGCAACGUGAGCAUCAGCAACAGCACUCACAUUGUGCUGCAGGCAGGCUGGAGUGACUGCGGCACUGAAGUUGAGACUAACAUGACUAACACCGUAGUGAAAACCAUCCUUCGGAAUGACGUUUCUGCUCAGGGAGUAAUCCACCACUUAAAAGUUGCCAGUCCCAUUCACUGUGUGUUUCAAAACGAUCUCUUGACUUCCUCUGGAUACACUGCAGAAGGCUGUCCCAUCCCGAAUACAUUCACCACACUGCUAGAGAAUGGGAAUUCAAGCAAAGCGCAGUUUAAGAUGAAAAUUUUUUCCUUUGUCAACAAUUCUGUGGUUUACCUACAUUGCAAAAUACGUAUUUGUAUGGAGACACCAGGAAGCACCUGCAGGACAAGAUGCCACGCAGUUCGAUCCCUGAAGACUGGUGAAACCAUCGCUAUGCACAGAACCUCCUGGGGACCCCUGUGUAGAUCAGCUGCAUCUGAUUUGAAGAGGGAGAAGGAGGCUGGGAUGGGAGUUGGAUACAUCAUUCUCAUUGUUUUUGCUGUGUUUGGUUUUGUGGUGGGAGUUGUGAGCCUUCUCAUUUUCCAGUACCAGCGAAAGAUGGGAAGGUACAACUUCAGAAUCAAGUCUGACAACUUCAGCUACCAAGUGUUCUAUGAUUAGUGAUUUCCAGGUUACCGGAUUUGGAUUACAUCUCAUCACAUGGGGAACUGAAGCUUGUCUUCACUCAGCAUUUGGCUUUCAUUAUUCUUCAUGAUGGUGGUCAGGACUGGUUGCAACACUGACUCUUCCAAAUUAAUGUCGGGUAUGAAAAGUUUCUGUAUCACGGUGUCCUAAGAACCAUUUGCCACUGCAGCUCCAGAUUGAAGUGAAUUUUGGCAGCUUUUUCAUGAAUAAAAUAGAAGGGAAAAAAGAAAGACUUCUUCAUGGUUCUAUAUUCAAGUUCCAAGAUUUGACUCUCCCACUGUGUCACGUUGCUAUGUGCCCGUUUUACAUCACCUAUGCCAUUACUUUUGACAAGCUGCAUGUUUCUAUAAAUAUUCCAGGAAGUAAAUCAGCAAACCCUUAGAGAGAUCUCCUUUUCAGUUUGUAAUUCACUAUUUACUUAAGGUGAGGUUGAAACUUUGAGUUGCAGCAAUGUUGAAGACCUAGUAGUGCAACGCCUUAAGUAUACAAAAGCUGGAGAAUAAGGAUUGGAUUUGCCACCAAAUAAAGAAAAAGUACCAUGAAUCUGCAGCUUAACCUACUCAGAGUGUUCUUCAGCAUGCGUUUUGAGAUUUGAUAGUAAAUUAUUUAAUCGAUAUGGACUUGGUGAAAAAAACAAACAAACAAACAAACAAAAAAAGAAGCUAUUUUUGCUACUGGCAGCCCAUGUUUUUCAGAUAAGUCAAUUGGUACCUAUGUGUUUUGUUGAAUUAGACCACAAUGAUUGUGCAGUGGAGCCACAGAGUGUGCUGCUCACCUAAGUAAGAGCACUUCAAUUUCAACAGAGUAGUUAUAAAUUUGAGCUGAAUUUUGCCUGGCUGCAAGACCCUAGCAUUAAUGCAGCAGGUUUAGCUUAGAUGCUUCAUUGGAUACAGCAACAGUCUGUUCAGAUGGAUAAACUGGAACAAAAAUCUUUUCCACACAGUAAGCACCUCCUGCAGGACUCUUGAGAGGCAUUCUUCACUCUGCUGCCCCAAACCUCUGCUUCAGUGAUCGUGUUAGAAGGCAGAGGGUAAAGCAGUUGGUAACUUGUCCCCACCAGCCCUUGGUUCUGAUUGCUGCAUGCACUCCCCUACACAGUGAUAGCGUCUGCUGUGUCUGGGUUACAUGUAAUUCAGUAAUUUAUAGUGAACAAGCUAAUUCCUCUUUAAGAUCAAUGGAUGUCAUUAUAAACAACUCUUCAGUGGAAAUUGGUCAUUAGCUUGAACGCACAAAUAGUCUGAGUAGCCAUAGUAAUUAGGUACUGAUGUUUUGGUACAGAACAGCAUUGUAAAGCUGCUUUUCUACCCCUCUAGUCCAAUUUCUGGUAGGUAAUAGGAUUACUGGGUGAAGGACUUCUGCGUUUUGCAAAAGGUCAUACUGAUUGAUCUUAGAGGUUAUAUACAAACCCUUUAAGUACACCAACAUAUUUCAGAACAAUCAUUUGCAUUCUGCUUUUGGUUCAAGUGAAUUUAUAAAAAGUAAAAAUCUUUGACUUGUCUUUUGCUUGCUGAAAUAUCAGUUACCAGAUUCUGAUAUAAGAACAGAUACAUUUGGUAGUAAUUCAUUAGUGAAACGGUGAGUUACCUUUGCAAUCUGAUGAACAUUAACCGUUACCUUUUUAUUAUGUAGGAUUCUCUUCACUUUUGCUUAGUUUACUCUCAAAUAUAUAAUGUGUUUACCUUCUCACACAGUGAAAGGAUAAGCUAUUUUACUAUAACUAUUUUUCUAGUUUUUAGUACUUACCAUCCUGAACUGCUUGAAAGUCACACAGUAGAGAUUUGCCUAUUGAUUUCAGUGGAGCUAAGCCACUUACAAAGGCUGAGCAUCAGUCUUCAGGAUGAAAUGCAAAGCAGUAGCUUGUAUUUGAUACCUUGCAUGC